AUGCAGUACAACGGCUUUAUGGCCUGGGUUGAGAUCGACGGGGAAGAAGCGAAAGAGCGUCCACUGAAAACCGCCCUAUGUGGCCCCCGCAUCCCAGAUGAGGAAAACUUGCACAUGUGCUUCAUCACUUCUGAAGCUGGGAAGACUUUCACCGUACACUGGGAAAACCGCAGCCAUGAGCCAGACACACCGAUUUGCGGGUGUGUGUCUAUCGAUGGACAGAAGGGUGUACCGACCCUGUUCGACCCGGCAGACGGAGUAGCGCUGCCCUGGACCGUUUGCAAGGAUGGAGUUGUCGGAGAGGAUGAUGCGGGAAACGAGGUUCUCCGGCCAUUUGUCUUCGAGCAAGUCUCAUUCACUGAUCGUGACGACGAGUGGGCUGAAGAGGGCGAGGAUCUCUCCAACUUGGGCGUCAUUGAGGUCGACAUUUAUGGUGUCACCAUCUCUUCCAACAACUCUGACUCUGGCUCCGACUGCGAGUCUGGCCCGGAGACCCCUCAAUACCGGCGUCGGACGGUCAACGAGCGCCAUGAAUUAUUUCCACCUGCAGCUGACUCGUGGUGGUACUAGUCUAGGAGCACCACGGCGAACACGCAAAUCGCGCCAAUCUGAGCGCAAACGGAAGGGCAAAGGAAAAGCGCGGGAGCAGUCCGAGGACCAAGACACCCAGAUUGCUGUUCGCCCACUUGCGAACCAACCUUAUCUAGCAAGGUUUCGGUUUAUCUAUCGACCAGCAGGUAUAGUUUUUUCUUCGUUUCCUCCAAAUUGCUAACUGCUGAUAUGCAGAUCGGGUGUAUGAAGCCGACAGACCCAAGCGCAGUCGUUCAACUGAGUCGCCUGCAACGAGACUGCCGAAAAAGCGAUCUAGAAAGAACUCAGAUGUUUUGCUGGACUUCUUUUUUGAGUCAGACAGUGAUGAGGCCGACAGUAACGAGGCAAAAGUGGAUGUAAAGCCUGAGAGAGUCGCGGCUUUACAAGUACGUGAAAUCAUCUCGUUUCAAGCAAAAAAUUUAUCUGUGAUCAGUAUCAACUAGCAUCUCUCCAGGUGGGGCAACUUCACUUGAUUUUCCAAGUCCAGUUUCUAAGGUCAAUGUGGUAGGGACGACUUGCGGAACUUCAGCCUACACGUCAAAUCAAAUCCGAACCAACGCCGGAACUCCCAAACAAGAAGAGGCGGAAAACGCAACAGCGGAAGAAAGUGAAAAGGAGCCUGUUGAAAUCAUCGACGUAG